AUCAGUUAACCAGUUAUACUAAUUCAUUUUUACUUGAUAAGAAUAAGAUUGCGCUUGCGCAAUCACAACCAAUCAUUUAUGCGGCCCUACGUAUCACGUUCCCUGAUCCCCCGAAACAGCAUCAUCUCCACCAUAGAUAUAGGAGUACAGUCCAUGAUUAAAACAUUACCUUCUUAUAUAAAAGAAUUCAUGCACAUUGCUCUAUUUAAUUUAACGACCUCAAUAAAAUAUAUUAUAAAACCAUGUAUAAAUAUAUAAGUUAUAUAUUUGUUUAAUGACUUUCCAUGAUGAAAAAUGAAUAACUUUUUAUACCUAAAGACAGAUCACAUGAUAUCUUUUAAGAAUAAGGUCAAAAGUGAAAGCCUGAAAUGUUAAUCAUGUGCGUUAUACCUGUUGAAUGUGUGACUAAUGUUAAUGUCGAGAGAAAACGAAUUCCACGGGUGUGUGCAGUACAAAAAUGUCUACGAACAAAAUUACAUUUAAUUUAUUGAGAAACAGAAAUAUAACCAGAGGGAUCUUAUGCAGUGAUCAUAAUGUGAAUUGUGAAAGACAAAGAAAUAUCCACAUUUCUACACAAAACAGAUUCCAUUUACAUCAAUCCAACAAAGUUGAAGCAAAACUUACAGGAAGUCAAAAGCCAGAUUGGAACAGAGCUGUUUCAGAAGCAGAGAAAAUUGUUGGAUAUCCAACAUCAUUUUUAAGUUUACGGUGGCUCUUAAGCGAUGAAAUAGCAAAUGUAGCUUUACAUUUGAGAAAACUAGUAGGAUCUAAUCAUCCUUUGUUAAAAACAGCCAAAAGUGUUAUUUAUAAUGGACGUAACAACAUGCAAGCAUGGGGUCUUAUUGUAUUGUUAAUUUCAAAAGCUGCUGGUCAUUUAGGCGUAGAUGAUAUGGAGGAAGACAAAGCUGCAGGUGUAUUACACAGUCAAAGAGCUUUAGCAGAAGUAACUGAAAUGAUACGUACUAGUCAUCUUGUUCACAAAGGUUUAGUAAAUAUAGAAUCUGAUGUUUAUCUAGAAACAUCAGAAUUGAAUGAUAUGAAUUUUGGUAAUAAAAUUGCACUACUAAGUGGAGACUAUUUAUUGGCAAAUUCUUGUGCUGAAUUAGCAAAUCUUCGCAAUCAAGAUAUUGUUGAAUUAAUGUCAAGUGCUGUAAGAGACUUAGCAGAGGCAGAAUUUGUAGGACGUAGAGAUAAUCAAAAUAAUCCUUUACCUUCUAUACCACUUGAAGAUCGUAAGGAUUAUGCAGUAAAGGAAUGGACUCUUAGAAAUGUUUUAAGUGCUGGUGCCUUAUUAGGAAAAUCUUGUAAAGGUGCAUUAAAAUUAGCAGGACACAGCAAUGAAAUACAGGAACAAGGUUACAAUUUUGGAAAACACUUAGCGUUGGCUUGGCAAGCAUGCUUAGAUUUAGGUCCAUUUAUUACAAAAGAUCAAAAUGUAACAUUCAAUCUAUGUUCUGCACCAAUUAUGUUUCAUAUUGAACAUGACCCAUCAAUUUUGACAGAAAUUGAUAAAGGUUUGGAAUCUGUAAAUAAUGUAGACUAUGUUAAGAUUCAUAAAAUUGUUAUGAUGGGACCUGGAGUAGAAUUAACAAAACAAUUACAGAAAAGACAUUCACAAAGGGCAAUGGAAGUUUUAAGUGUAUUUGAAAAGAAUGAUGCAAGAACAGCAUUAUAUAAUAUUAUUGCAGCUAUGGGGGAUUUCUGAACAACAA